GAUAUGGAAAUGUAUCAGUUCAGUUGCCAAAAAACAUCUUAAAAAACCUGGUGCCGCCUGUGUUACAAAAGACCCACCUUGAAGAUGUACCUUACACCAAAGACCAACACCACAAGAAAUCGGUCUGUCCCGAUAGUCUCCGCUGGAAAGUCAACUCGUCCCCCUGGUUUAGGGACCGAUUCGUGGAAGACAUCAAAGUUUUCAUGGACCAGGAUGACCUGGAAGGUUCCUACUGGAAAUCCCAUCUCGGUGCAUAUUGGCCUCUGCCUUUCGGAUUCAGCCCCAACAAGGACAGAAACGCUACCGAGCGACUGAUCGGUAUGUUGGAGAACCCGGAUGUGUUCGGUUUCCAUGGCGACCGUCAGAGGAAGCCGUGUGUUCGGUGUGCAGUGGUGGGGACAGGAGGAGUCCUGAGGGGGUCAAACAAGGGAGAAGAGAUAGACGCGCACGACUAUGUCUUCAGGUGCAAAAGGACUCUUAACACCAACCUGAACCGCACGACGAUGAAGGUUACCCAUCCUGACUUCAUCCGUUACGUCUUUGCGAGCUACAUGAACACGUCACUGUCUCUUCGACCAACCACAGGAGCUGUAACAGUGUUCCUGGCUAUCCAACUGUGCGACGUGGUGAACAUCUACGGAUUUGGGUAUGACCCAAGAUUCCCCAUGCACUACUACGACCACGUCAGCAUCCCCGACACACGCGCGGACGGGGAGGUGAAGGAGGGCGCGCAUGACUACAGCGAGGAGAGGCGACUGUGGGAGAGACUGCACGGCGAGAGGAUCAUCUACUGGCACAGCCGGCAGAACCACACCGCCAGCACAGAUAGAGCCUAG